GCUGUGCCCCUAAAAACACAAUAUAAGAAGCCAAACAGUGAGCAUGUCUACAUUGCUGUGAUUGCUGUUCUUCCUCCCGAGACACCACAAGAUCCCAGGAGCACAGGAUGAAGAAGCUUCUUCUGAGUGUCCUUCUCCUGGCCUUUCUCUCAGAGGGGAUGACACAGAAAGACUUAAGAGGGAAGGUGUUCAUUUUCCCUGAAGAGUCGAACACAGCCCAUGUGUCCCUGGUCCCCAGGGUGAACAACCCACUGAAGAACUUCACGCUGUGCCUGAAAGCCUUCACAGACCUAACCCGCCCUUACAGCCUCUUCUCCUACAACACGAGGUCGACAGACAACGAGCUGCUCCUCUUUGUCAACAAAGUAGGGGAGUACAUACUGUAUGUUGGGGGCACUGGGGUCACUUUCAAGGUGCCCCCGUCCCCUGACACCCCCGCCCACCUGUGUGCCAGCUGGGAAUCUGCCUCUGGGAUUGCUGAACUCUGGGUGAAUGGGAAGCCCGUGGGGAGGAAGGGCCUGAAGAGAGGGUAUACUGUGAAGGAGAAGGCGAGCAUCAUCCUGGGACAGGAGCAGGAUUCCUUUGGGGGAGGUUUUGAUGCCAAACAGUCCUUUGUUGGGGAGAUCUGGGAUGUGUCCCUGUGGAACCGUGUGCUCCCCCUGAAGAACAUGUGUACCUCAUGUUACCCUGGCAACAUCUUGACUUGGCAGGCCCUGACUUACAAAGCCAGGGGCUAUGUGGUGGUGAAGCCCAAGGUGUGGCCUUAAGCCUCACUCUCUUCAGGCAUGUGUUGUGUUCACUAAUGGUCACUCACACAUGCUCUUUGAAAUUAAAUAUGUUGAUUUAAUUUU